GGGGCCGGCCGCCUGUCAGAGGGAGGUGGCGAUGGUGCGCCCGGUGGCGGUGGCGGCUGCGGCGGCUUCCCUGGUCCGAGUGCAGGGAGGAGAAGAUGACUGACUGACCGACUGACUGAAUGAAUGAAUGGCGAAGCCGAGCGCGCCAUGAGGAGCCUGCCGAGCCUGGGCGGCCUCGCCCUGUUGUGCGCCGCCGCCGCCGCCGCCGCCGCCGCCGCCUCAGCAACCUCAGCGGGGAAUGUCACCGGUGGCGGCGGGGCCGCGGGGCAGGUGGACGCGUCGCCGGGCCCGGGGCUGGGGGGCGAGCCCAGUCACCCUUUCUCUAAGGCCAUGGCUCCCACGGCCCAGGCCCCGAGGACCGGACCCCCGCGCGCUACCGUCCGCCGACCCCUGGCUGCGUCCUCUUCAGCCCAGCCCCUGGCUACCACCCCUUCUCGGGCCAGGGCCGAACCCGCUCCGACCACCUUUCGGGCGCCGCUCGGCCCCUCGCCGAUCACACCUCCUGCGGUGGAACGUACUCGGACCACCGGUCGGGCGACGACCAGACCCGCGCCGACCACCCUCUCGACGACCACUGGCCCAGCGCCGACCACCCCAGUAGCGACCACGGUGCCGGCGCCCACCACUCCCCCGAUCCCGACCUCCAUUCUCCCCGGCGGCGGCAGCAGCAGCAGCGUCCCGCCCACCCCACCUGCCACCGAGGCCCCCUCGCCGCCUCCCCCAGGAUAUGUAUGUAACUGCUCUGUGGUCGGAAGCCUGGAUGUGAAUCGCUGCAACCAGACCACAGGGCAGUGCGAGUGUCAGCCAGGUUAUCAGGGUCUUCGCUGUGAAACCUGCAAGGAGGGUUUGUACCUGAAUCGUACUUCCAGACUCUGUCUGCCAUGUGACUGUAGUCCACGUGGAGCCCUCAGCAUACUCUGCAACAGUUCUGGGAAAUGUCAGUGCAAAGUGGGUGUCACCGGCUCUUCAUGUGAUAGAUGCCAAGAUGGAUAUUAUGACUUUAAUAAGAAUGGCUGCUUGCCCUGCCAAUGCAAUAAUCGGUCUGCCAGUUGUGAUGCCCUCACAGGUGCUUGUUUAAAUUGCCAGGAUAAUAGCAGAGGGGAUCAUUGUGAAGAAUGCAAAGAAGGAUUUUAUCAGAGUCCUGAUGCCACUAAAGAAUGUCUUCGCUGCCCUUGUUCAGCAGUGACAUCUACAGGCAGUUGUAUCAUAAAACUCGGUGAAUUGGAACCUGAAUGUGUCCGGUGUAAAGAUGGUUACAUGGGCCAGAACUGCAAUGAAUGUGACAAUGGCUAUUACAAUUCUGACAGCAUCUGUAUGGAGUGCCAGUGUCAUGGCCACGUGGACCCAGUUAAAACUCCAAAGAUUUGUAAGCCUGAGAGUGGUGAGUGCAUCAACUGCCUCCAUAACACCACUGGGUUUUGGUGUGAGAACUGCCUAGAAGGUUAUGUUCAAGACCUCGAGGGAAAUUGCAUCAAGAAAGAAGUUAUUGUUCCAACACCUGAAGGUUCUACCAUUUUGGUUUCCAAUGCCUCUUUGACCACAUCAGUGCCCACCCCUGUUAUAAAUAGUACAUUUACCCCUACAACCCUGCAGACUAUCUUUUCAGUAAGCUCUGCUGAAAAUAGCACGUCAGCUUUAGCUGAUGUAUCAUGGACCCAGUUUAACAUCAUCAUUUUGACAGUCAUCAUCAUCGUGGUGGUGCUGCUGAUGGGUUUUGUGGGGGCCGUAUAUAUGUACCGGGAGUACCAAAACCGGAAACUAAACGCCCCCUUUUGGACCAUUGAGCUGAAAGAAGACAAUAUCAGUUUCAGCAGCUACCAUGACAGCAUUCCCAAUGCAGAUGUGUCAGGAUUGUUGGAAGAUGAUGGCAAUGAAGUGGCUCCCAAUGGGCAACUGACCCUGACGACACCAAUACAUAACUAUAAAGCCUAAGGAGCUAGAGCUGUUCUCCUGGAUUGUGAGACCACAGUGCUUACUAAAACAGCAUCAGCCUCUGGGCCAAACAAAGCCUGGGUAGAGUCACUGAGAUGAGAAAGCAAAGGCAUAUAGUGCAUCUGAAAUUUUCAGGUACAAAUUUAUAACGUACUUAGCCUAUUACUCUUAGAUUUCCCAUGAAGAUCUGAAGCAGUCACUGACAAUAAGGAC